CCUGCAUCAUUGCUGUCCCAUCACCAUGUGACUGAUCUAUUUCUGUGGUAGUUCCUCUCUCUCUCUAUCUAUAUGUCGGUAGAACCCUAGUAAGCACAAUGCUUAACAGAUUCUAACAGUAGCAGCUCCACAUGGUCUGUGCUGGUGUUUGUUUCUUGUGCUGAGAUUUGGGGUUGUACUCAGAAUCUAGAAUGGUGGUUUGGCCUAAGUGUUAGAGAUGACUGGAGAGUGUUCUUCUUGCCGGGAAUUCGUAAUGAAAGCAGCUUCCACUAAUGGGUCUUCGUUUUUCUUGCUCUUCUUCUUCUUCGCCGUAUUGGUUAGCUCGAUAUCAGCUUCGUCUCCAAUUGGGUCGUCGGGGCAUUCCAUAAAGUUCAUCCUAGGAGAAGAAAAUUUGGGUCCAUGGAAGAACGAAAUCGAGCAAGCGGCUCUUGCCCCAGGCCCUGAAACUGAUUCGCGUCACGGAACUCUUGUAUUGGCGGCAAACCGGACCAAAAGACCCGAUAUUCUAAGGCGUUUUCGACAGUACCGAGGUGGUUGGGACAUCACAAAUCAGCAUUAUUGGCCGUAA